AUGUUCUCCUCGCCGAAACAACUCCCAUACCCGUACGCAAAGGUACCAAACGACAACGAAGAAGACCGCGACCAUGUUCCCAAGACUGGAGCCUGGAAACCGCUGCAACAGGCCUUCAAGAGUAGGUGGGCUCACCAUAUCAAAUUGGGUGCAUACGCUGUCCUACUACUCCUCAUGGGCUUCUUCCUGGGUUAUGCAUUUGAGCAACGAAAUUUGGGGACUCGGAGCCAUCUGGAGCUUUCAGUGCAGCCUCGUCUUUUCAAGAUGGAAAGAGUAUUUGGCGACAAGCCAUCGCGUGAAAGCAGCAGCGCUUGGGAUACCUUGAUGCCUAAGCGAGGAGGCUUCUUCAAUCACCCCAAAAUCGCCCCAAAACGCAGUGCCUAUGCCGUCUUCCAUCAAUUACACUGCUUGAACGCUCUUCGAGAAGCCUAUUGGACUACCCUCGAUGCUGCAGUGUCACCCACUGCGCUCAAUGUCAAUGACAUUCCCUUCGAGGUCUCUCCAGUGCACAUGCGACACUGUAUAGAUCUCCUCCGGCAAGCCUUGAUGUGUACGCCAGACUUGACUGUGGAAACAAAGAAUGAGACGUUGGGUGGUGUGACGGGAUUUGGAACUGUGCAUCAGUGUAAGGAUUGGAGUGAGUUGAUGGGCUGGAUGGUGCAAUGGCAAGAUGUCGGAGCGCCCAAAAGAGGCGGAGAAGGCGGCAACACACACGCACACCACCAUGGGUCAUGA